AUGUCCUUAGCAUCGUGCAGCUCUGUCCUCUUCCUUGUCCAAAAAGUCACUGCCAUCAGCGGGAACAAAGUCAACGUCACAGAUACUGUAGGCUUUGUUCAAGAAGAUAAUGAGCGGGAUACGAUUUCUCUGCUUAUUAGCUGUUUUGCCACGCUUGGGCUGUGUGUUUACUCAGCCGUUCACCUAAACAUACCGCGCAAAGGCGAAAGCAACUAUCGAGUGCUACUGAGGGAAUUGCAAUGGUGUGUCCUCGGCCUAUUUGCACCUGAGUUGAUACUAUACACCGCCUGGAGAAAGCUGGCUUCUGCAAGACAGCUAUGUGUUGAGAUAGCAAAUGUAACAAUGACUGAAACUCAUCUGGGGCGCCCAAAAACCCCAUGGACUAUCACACAUGGAUUUUACGCUAGUAUGGGUAGUUUCGCCAUCGAGCUAGACAGUACCAACCGUCGACAUUCAACGUUGUUCAACGAUCUGACGCGCCUCACCUUAACGGCGAAAGGUGUCGCACUACUCACCAAGUGCGGACAUGUUGUAGAGAUAUCACUCGACGAUAUCAAAGACAAGAACAAAGCAGACGGUCUUGCAAAACUCCUUGUGUGCAUCCAAGCAGGAUGGAUGAUCGUCCAAGUUAUCAGUCGCACUGCCAUCGGACUGCCAACCACCUUGCUCGAAGUACACGUCGUCGCCCAUGUUGUUUGUGCGCUCGUCAUGUACAUCUUAUGGUGGCACAAACCUCGUCAAGUAACCUCCCCAACCAUCUUAAAGGGAGACUGGAUGCCUUUGAUCGCCUACAUGCACAUGGCAAGCCGAAUGGGUGGGAAGCAACCACAAAGCAAGCUCGCUUUCUUCAGAUCAGCCACUCCCGAACUGGCAAAGCUGGCUUACGUUGAAAACGAAAAUGUACCAACCGGUACGUGUGGCGACAGGCAAAGUUUGAAUACAACCCGCCUCUCUACUGCUAGUAGAUUGCGGCCACGGCCCGAUAUCCGGAUUGCGAACCAAGAAGCCGAGGCAGCAUCAUGCAACUCUCCGAUAGAAGCUACGUCUGAGCUGCAAAGGCUUGCAGAAGAAGCUAUUCGGCUAUAUCCAGUUCUUCAAGACCAUUUUCACCCAGUAUCCGAGAGUGAAUGCGCAAAGCCUACAUACAAAGUGCCUGAAGUAACAGAACUGGUACAACCAUACGCCAUCGACUGGCCCAACGAUGGUUUACUCCGACGCACCCAAUCCCUCGUCAUGGGAAUGGUACUUUGGGGUGCCUCGGUAUGGGUAACAUUCUGUGCCGCUUUUUGGCUGGUGACCAAUCUCUUAGCCCAUGUUUUCCCUCUCAUAGACAGGAUCUGGAACACCUACAACCAGCGGACAUUGAGCAUUCUUCGUACGGUGUUCAUUACGACUCUCUGUGUUUUGUGUGGUGUGAGUUAUAUUGUCAGCAGGGCAUAUAUAGUGAUAGAGGCUUUUGUGAGUAUAAGGGAAGUGCCACGAGGCGUGUAUAAGACACCGACGUGGUCACAGGUCUUUCCUCAUUUGUAA